CACCCACCCGCUCACGCUGCCGCACGGGCUGAUGGGAAGGGCGCGAGCUGGUUCCGCUUCCGGUGCGCCAUGAUUUUGGCCACUGCGAAGCUUGUCAGUUCGCGGAGAAGCAGCUGACCUGAGUGCAGUAGCAGUGAAUCGCAGCAAUCAUGGUAAAUUGUGCGGUUUAUGGAUGCAGCAAUAGGUCGUGGCGAAAAAACGGCGAGAACACAAACGAGAUUAAGUUCUAUGGAGUGCCUUCAAUCAUCUACAACCAAUGCAGCAGGACGCAAGAAGUGUCGGAAAGGCGUCGUGCCGAGUGGUUUCGCCGCAUUCGUCGCGCUGACAUCGACACAAGUUCUCCCAACUACAAAGUGUGCAGUGUUCAUUUCAUUUCUGGAAAGCCAUCUUAUUUGAUGGACGAGACAAAUCCAGACUGGGCACCAAGUCUUCAGUUAGGGUACUCAACAAACCUUACAGAUCUUGCAGAGGGCAGGUCAGCCAAGCCGCAGUGACAACGAUCUUGGAACGCUGGCUUAUUUCACGCACAGACACCUGAGCCAGCUUGUGGAGUGGCCAGAUCGGGAGGAGCUACUACGAACCAUGCCCAUGUGCUUUCGUAGAGCAUUUGGAACUGGAGUGCCUGUAAUAAUUGACUACUUCAAAGUGUUUCUAGAGGGGUCAUUGUCAUUUCUUCCACACUGUCAGACGUGGUCACAAUACAAGCAUCAUAAUACUGUAAAAUCUCAUUGGAAUUGCACCUCAGGGUUCCAUUACCUACAUCUCUAAAGGAUGGUGUGGGCAUACAAGCGACAAGCUCCUGAUCGAGCACUGUGGUAUUGUGAACAACCUUUUACCAGGAGACACUGCUUAUGGACCGAGGUUUCACUAUUGCCGAUGCCGUAGGGAUUCCUUGUGCACGUCUUAAAGGGCUAGCGUUCACAAAAGGGAAGUGACAGCUCACGGCCUGGGAGGUGGAGAAGACACAAAAGAUAGCCAAUGUUCACAUACAUGUCGAGAGAGUCAUUGGGCUGUUGCGUUGGAAGUAUGCAAUUUUGUCCUCGAUUAUUCCAAUCGAGCUUGUGAUGGUAAGAAGUGGAGACAUGGUAGCACAACUAGACAAAAUUGUGACAGUAUGCUCUGCCUUGACUAAUCUCUGCAAGUCUGUUGUGCCGUUCCAGUGAAUUCGGCAUAUGUUGUCAUUACUUUAAUUCAACAAAUAGUCUUGGUUUGGAACAGCUUUUUCCCUCUACGAGUGCUCGAAUUGCAGAAAAGUACAGACUAGUUGGACAUGCCCCAUGUGUUUGUGUGACGUGCUUCCAAGUCAUCCUGUGUGCUCCCCUGUCGACUGAUUAAUGUACCCUGAUCAAGGCUGCUGCUUUUUCUUGCAAGGCUUACAAGCUAGGCAGAACCAUGCCUUGAUCAUUGGUGGACGUUUCUGAUUUGCACAUGCAAUAUGGCACCAUUUGCUAGGACACUGUCGGCCACUGCACUUAACCAUUUCACCGUAUUCAGAAUCACCGCAAUAACAGUAGCAUUCACUGUCUGCUGAACUUUCAUCACAUGUAAGCAUUGUUUCUUGCUGUGGCAAGGUAGUCCAGUGUUUAAAUAAAAGCUGCGGGAGCAAAACCUGUUGGAAGAAUG